UCAUUUCAGUUUCAUUUGGUUGUUCGGUUUAAUCAUAUCGUUGAAAAUGUCUUUAGAUUCAGAAGUAAAUUUAGAUAUUUUGGUUGAAUAUAAUAAAGAUUCUUUAACAAUUUUGUUAAAUCUUUUAAAGCGGGAAUUACCACAUAAAAUACGUCAAUAUAAUUUCUUGUACAGUUAUUUGUAUCAUUAUGAUACUUUAAAUAAAAAUCGUAAUAAAAUAAUGUCGGAUCGUUGGAAUGUGAGAUUUUAUGGUCAUCGUUAUGGAAAACUCGAAAAUUGUACAAUUGUUACAAUUAAUGGAAAAAAGGAUUUCGUAAUAACAGCAUUUACCAUGGAAGAAUCUAGAGCUGAACUCAAGGAAUGUCUACAAAAAACGAAUUUAAUCAAUUGGGAAGUUAAAAGUCUGAAUAUCAUGUGUGAUGAGUCCGUAUUCAAGGCAGUAAAUGAUGUGGUCUGUCAAAAGGACACAAAUUGGACGUAUUUACCUUUGGAAAACGUAUUGCAUAUAACUACCGAUAAAAUAAGACAAUUACCAAAUGAAAACAUUUUACCAGAAGAUUUAUAUCUGGCUCCCUUAGACCCCCUAAAACAUUCAAAAAUCAUGGACGAUCAUUGGGAUUACAAGGCGGAAAAUUCUUUAUAUUUAAUUCGCCAGUCUAUAGAGCUGAAUGGUGGCAUUGGUUUAUUUCGGCGGGGAGUCGAACAACCCAUAUGCUGGAUAUCCACUAAUGAAUUUCUUACACCGGGAUUUCUGCAUACACUUCCAGCGGAACGUAAAAAAGGCUACGCCGCUCUAAUUAUGAAAAUGGAACUGAAACGUUUAUUAUCUCUCCAUAAUACCGAUUUAUUUUCAUUUGUUUGCAUUGAGAAUAUUCCCUCUUUAGGUUUGCAUCAUAAAUUGGGUUUUGAAACUGUUAAUAGAGUAACGUGGAUACAAAAAUGCAAUUAAAUAAACUAUUGUAGUAAUUAUAGAUUUAAAUUUUUACAGAAGUG